GCCAGUCCGCGACCGAGCGCGACCGCGUGUGUCUGUCUUCUCUUCGUACAAGCAUAAUGCGCUCACAGAAGAACCAAAAUCAUAAACAAAACGGAAUUUCCAGCAAAAAUAUUUAAUAUUACAUCCACAAUGUAAACUUAUACCUACUCCGUUAUUGCAAAUACAACAGACAUUUUAAUGUUAUAAAAUUAAAGUGAUAUUGUACACAUUUGUUUGCAUUUCAAGUAAUGAGAAGAUUCAUUAGAGGAUAGUCAAACCGGUAAUCUGUGUUGUGAUAAGUUGUGCGGUGAGCAAAUACGGUUGUCCUGUUACCGGUUGUUAUCGAUUUUUCGGCGUCACUACUCCCGAACAGCUGUUUUGGGGAUGCGGAAGCAGAUCAUCGUGUGCAGUCAUUUUGUUUAUUUCAAUUUGUUUUUGACAAAAUUAUCAUACUUUUACAGCAGAUAUGCGAUGUAGUAGAACACGAUAAGUGAAUUUUUGUAAAUACAAAAAUAAUGCUGGAAAUAGUUUCAAACAAUAAGGAAUAAAAUUGAGAAUUCUCUGGAGUGAUGCAAAUUGUGUAGUGAAGUGAUUAGAAUCUGUGCUCUAUCCGGUGUUUGAUUUUGGAAAUGUUUUAAGGAGUGUGUACACUCAAGAGAAAGAUAGCAAGUGUCAGUGUUCAAAAUUGAGUGUCCAGCUGUGCGCUACGUUUUGGAUUUUCAUUAUUAUCGUGGAUUGAGACGUGAAAACAAGGUGGUGAGGUGGUCCGGCACGACAGGCGAUGUUGGGCGGGGCGGCGGGGGGCGCCCGCUCCCGCCCGCCCUCUGACCUUCACCAAGGUGUGGCAAGAUUCCCGCUUUAUUCGCUGUUUCCGACGCAGGGCAGCACUCGCCCCACUUUGCACAAAGUAACGGAGAGUUUAUUCUCGACUUCCCUGUCUACGUUCGGCGUGCCGACGCCGCCGCCGAACUCGCCUUACUCGCCGCUGCAGCUCGAGUUGCUGAACUGCUCGCAGCGGGUCCUUGUUGCUGACAAGGAACAUAAAAUGGAAGAGGCUAAGCUGGGUAAAGGGUGUCUUCCUGAAUCCCUCUGCUGUCCUAGUGACCAACGCCAGAUUAUAGACGGCCUCGGAGUCAUGCAGCCGUUGACGAUCAAGACGGAGCAGGCCAAAAGGUCUUGCAACACCUGUCUGACAAAUUCACCUAAAAAGGUGGUGCACACCGACGGCGGUUGCAGCCGCACCAAUCCCGUGACGUGGCUCGGUGUCGCGGGCCAGAACGUCCAGGUCCAAGUGAAGCGGGAACCACAACAUGUCCUUUCAGAACUGGUUGCGGUCAAACUGGAACAGGCGUCGCCGGGCAACAAGCCUGACCACCCGCCUUCUAUACCGGCCUCCUUGAACAAUGGUUCGAUUCCCGUCGGGAUAGCCGUCGCUCGGCAGAGGGUCGGUGAUGCCGGCCUACUCGCCGCGCUCUCACAGAAAGACAACCAACAACGAAUGCAUGAUAUCGGCGCCGCGUCAUUCUGUUGUCGUUCCGCAGACGCGGCGCAGGCGGCCAUGACGGUGGGCGUGGCCAACGUACUCUGCGACGAUCGCCCCGCCCCCCUCGCCUGGCCCGCUCCGCCCCCGCCCGCCCCGCCCGCACCGCUGUGGCAGUACCCCACCGCCCAAGUAUCAAUGGAAAGCAUGAUGGUUGGCGGAGUCGGUGUCGGCGGCGUGGGGUCUGUCGGCGGCGGCGUCCCUUCCAUGGGGGGGUACCAGCUCGUCCGCGAGCCCACCACGGGCGCGCUGCUCCUGCUGCCCGCGCCCCCCGACCUCCCCCACACCGUCGUCUGGGGCGGCGUCCCGUACCCCUCCGCACCCCUCCUACUCCCCCCCGCACCGCACCCCUCACACCUACAACUCCUACCAGGCGACCUCCUCGCAUCUACUGCUACCCUACAACACACACACACCCACUCAACAAGAUUAGUCACUCUAGCCCCAGCCCCACCGCCCCAACCACAUCCGUCCCAUACAGACAAAAAGAAAAUCAUACAACCUCUUCUCACUCCUCAUGCCCUGAUCAAAAUCGAACCGGAACCACAGGAGAAACCACCGCCGCAAUUCGCCCCAGAACCUAUGCAGCAACCUGUCAUGGCCACACAUUUGUAUUAUCAGCCAGAUUUUACAGAACAGGCGUGUAGGAGUCAAGCGACGUCUCCCGCUGCGCCGCCCACGCCACCUCCUGACGCUCAUGAAUCCCCAGCACAUAAAGACGCCUCGAACCAGACUGACCACAUUGACGAUGAUGAUGAUUCUCCAAAUCACGCGGAUGAAGAUGAAAGGGAUAUAGCGUGUGUUGGUGUCGCUCAUUUCCCUGAAGAAACUUCAACCAUGAUGCAAACUCAAACGACAAUACUUCAGCCUAGUAUGAGCACAGUAGCACCAAUAGAUAGUGCAGAGGAAUCAUCGUCUGAAUGUCUGGCAAAUUCAGCUGUCGUUGGCGCGGUAGAAAAAGCUAUAGAUGCAAUAGAAAGAGACGAAUCAUUGGAUAACUCUAGCAGUGGUGGUUCUAAUGACUUGGUAAUAGACACCGGCAACAUAUCGCCAGUGUCUCAAUCUUUACCAGCUCAAGGAAGCUCAAGGUCGAUGGUAGAUGUAAGUGGGUUGGAGUUAUUAUCGAAUAGUAUUGAACAAUUUGAGAGGACGACUCCUGGAACAAGCAUGCCCUCAUUAGAACCUGGUCCUCUUACAAUUGAUACAAGAACAACAUCAAAAUUGAAUAUUUUGAUUAAAACGUCGCCUAAAUCUCCACCCCGUACUGCAGAACCGGAACAGACAAGAAGGUUUGAUUUUUCCUCAGCAGAGGCAAGUACAAGUGAGCGAAGCAAGCCUUCGUUGGAUGGUCUAGGUUUACUAUGCGCAUUAGCUGAGCAAAGGUUUAUGGAAGAAGUGGUUGAAAGUCCCGCAUCCAGAUCUCGUCCUUUUAUAAAAAGCGAGCCUUUACUGAGCCCCAUUGAAAGGGAAAGAUCUACGGAAAAGAAGGAAAAACACAGGAAUAGAGAUGGUGACUCUUCAAGUGAGAGAAGACGAAAAAGAAGUCGGGACAGAGAAGAGAGACUUAGACACAAGCUUGAAAAGAUGCGUCGUCAUAAACGCGAGAGGGAACAAGAUGAAGGCAGAGGUCAUGGUGGGGAGUUAGAAGCGAGUUUGCGUCGUAUAACUGCCUGUUCGUGUGGUUUAUCUUCAUGCUCUCAUGCCCCAGCCGUGUCUUCUGCUCAAGAUCUUGUCAAUGCGAUGGAAAAAGACAUGAGAGAAAGAUUACAAGAUUUGCAGAGACAGUGUGAUGAAAAAAGAGCACAAUUGAAUGCCUUAACGCCGCCCUUACCUGCCUUAUCUACACCACCAACUCCGUCUACACCAGCCUUAUCUCCAGAUUCCGAUAGAGGCUCUUCAAAGAAGCGGAAAGUUGGUAGACCACGAAAGGUUUCCAGUCCUGAUUCAACUGAAACGAUUGUAGCUAAGAAACCGAAAUCGAAGAGCAGCAUUGUUGGCUACCUUCUGGCAAAAGGUAAAUUGAAAGGCGGUAUUUUGUGUUCAAGAGGGGAACCUUCAAGAGAAGAUGGUAACAGGACGAGCAAAGUCCGUCCGAAAUUAAAAGCUGAGCCGAUUUUGAAAGUCCGUUCCGAGGAAGACGACCACGAAUGGAGCCUCAAUAGAUCUGCGAGUUCUUCCAUGGAAAGUUUGAAUGAAGUACGACAGAAGAAUAGGGAAAAAGUGGAUCGUUUAGUUCGGAAGCAUUCCAGAGAUGAUCUUCCGGAGUUAGAGUUCGCUGUGAGGCGGGGAAGUGGAUCCAGUGAUAGGGAUAAAGAGCGGCGUCGCGCUAAAAAGAGACGAAAGAGCGUUAAGUCUAAAGAAAGGAAUGAGACAGCAGUUGUUGGGACAGGGUCUUCUGAGCCUGUGGCUGCAGUAUCUAGAUGUACACUAACAGAGGAUAAACUGGAUUCUUCACCACGAGUACUUACUGCGAUGGGUGGUUUAUUCUACGCUGGCAAACUGAGUGCAGUUCAAGCACCUGAUGUGUAUGCCAUUACGUUAGAUGGAGAAAGGGGGAAUAAGCCCCAUAUACUUUCAAGAGAGGAAACAUUGAGAGAUGCGAUACUUGAAGUCAGUCCAUCAUCAGUAGCGGAGCUACCAUCAGGGUCGCGUAUCUGCGCGUACUGGUCCCAGCAGUACCGCUGCCUGUACCCUGGCACCGUCGCCGUUUCAUCACCAGACCCUCACGAUGAUAAGUUCGUGGCCGUGGAGUUCGAUGAUGGGGACUCUGGACGGAUAGCGAUAGAAGAUAUCAGGUUCUUGGAGCCGAACUAUCCGGUUGUAGAAUACGAAAAUCCACUGUUCACAUUAGGUAAACGAAGAAGGAACACCAGUGUGACAGACGAGAAGAAAGUUAUACCCACAACCAGUGCAGAAGUUAAAUCUAAUACGGAAACCACUCAAAAAGAUCAAGACGAAGAAGACAGGCAUAGAGACAGAAAGAAACUGAAGAAGCAUAGAAAAGAGAAGAUGAAACGCCAAUCUAGCGAGGAUGACCCCGCUGUUGAUUAUGUCAAGAAGAAAAAGAAGAAGCACAAAUGCUGCGAGGAUCAUUGCAAGCACAGAAGACAUCACAAGAAACAUCACAGAAAACACAGAAAGAGACACCACUCCAGUUGCAAAGAACAAUCUAGUUCUUCUGGCGAUGAUAAUACAAGACACAAAUCUUCUUCGGAUUAUAUUGAUUCGAAUAAAUCUAAUGAGGAUUCGGUUGAUUCUAACGAUAGACUGUCCACUCUGAUAGCUGUUGAGAAGUCGCCGAAUGAGAAAAUGAAGACUGUGAUCAAAAAGGCUGUUUUGUCAAAGAAAGCGUUGGUUAAAAAUGCCAUGUUGGAUUUUAGUAAUCUGAAAAAGAUAACUCGAAAGAAGGAUAUGCCUAAAGAUAAUUUGAAGGACAGUGGUAUAGGGUUAGACGAAGAGCCUGUGGCUUCAACGAGCGAGAGUGUUAAAAAGCAGAAGACGAAGAAGCAGCGUACCGUCUCCUCGUCCUCUGAAGGAUGCGGCGCGGGAGUCAGCAAGAUGGCGGCGUUCCUGCCCGGCACCGCGCUGUGGCGCUGGCGCGGGCCCGCCUACCGCCGCACCACUAAACCCAGAUUCCGCAAGCUGUUCUACCGGGCUAUACAGCGGGGGGAGGAGGUGUUGCACGUGGGUGACGCCGCUGUCUUCCUCUCCACCGGCCGGCCUGACCGUCCCUACAUCGGCUGCAUUGAGUCUCUCUUCGAGACCAGAGGCGCCAUGACAGUUCGAGUCAAGUGGUUCUACCACCCCGAGGAGACUACCGGUUUGACGGCGCCGUUGCACUAUCCGGGAGGCCUGUUUGACUCUCCACAUACAGAUGAAAACGACGUCCAAACAGUUUCGCACAAAUGCGAAGUGUUGCCGCUAUCGCAAUACAAGGAGCGCAUGGGUGACGACCAGAUUAAAUAUAACACGGUGUACGACAACAACGACGUGUACUACUUGGCGGGACACUACGACCACAUCCAACAGGUUUUGAGAAUGGAACCCGACAUUCCGUUCGGGACGACCUCCUAAGCAAUCAUGAACGCCUGGUACUUUUCAAACAAGUGAUUUGAUUUUCCUAUUUACAGUGCAACCAAACAGGAUCGUUAAUAAUUAAUGCUUUUAAUACACAGAGCGCAGAACGUUCAGUUUGAGUUUCUGUGCUUUGUGUUAAUAUAGGUUUAAUUUAAAGUACAGAUUUUUAUCAAUCUCGAUGUUUAGAGUGUGUAUGAGUAGUGUUUUUUUUUUUGCAAAUUAACAUGGAAUGUUCCACGUAGCUUGGAUCACUUAUUACAAGGUCUUUAAAGUACAAUGUAGAUUUCUGAGGCUCAAUUUGUGACAAUUUUUCACCUUUACCGUCCUAGAGACGAUUUAUAACGACUACAAAUCAACAUGUUAAAGUUACCCUUGUUAUAUUAUUUAGCAUCCAUUUGGAAUGUUAAAGUUUAAUGCGGUUUGCACGGGCCGAGUUUGUGGGAAAUGGUGGAUAUGACAAUAGACUUAAAGAUAAAAUCGGGUGAACGAAUUGGUGAUGACAUGUGAUGUAUUUUUUUAUACGUGUAACGCUGAAAUCUCAGCGUUCAGGUAGUUGUAUUUUAUAUGUAUAUUACUCUAUUAGAUUUUUAUGUAUACGUAGUUUUUCGUCGUAUAAAUGUCUAUUAUCAUUUAACGCAAUACUUUUUCGACUAGUCCCAUAUUUUAUUCAAAAUUAACCAGUGGAUUUUCUUAAUUAUUUUGAAAAAAAAAAAAGAAUUGUCAUACCUACUUAAUAUUGUCCGAUAUGGUUCUAUGAAUUGUUAUAUUGUUUAUUCACUGAUUUUAUAUAUAUUUUGGUUGAUAAUUUUAUGUUAAUUAAAAAUAUUCUUUUACAUUAUCGAAAUGGUGCUAGACGCUGCGUAUGUAUGUUUAUUUUCGGCGUAGUUAAGACUGUGUAUAUAUAAGUUCCGAAAAUAGUCAGUAUGUAAGUUGUAUGUUAGUAUAUUCGCAAAAUAUAUAGUUUCGUCUAAAUGCUUGAACUUAACGUUGCCAUUUAUUAUUAACUAUUUAGUCUUUAUAUUUUAUACGUAUUAUUUCUACAGGGUAUGAUUGAAACCCUUCUUUCUAUCCUUCACAUUCAUAUCUGGGGUAUAUAAAGGGACUGAAAAAACAGGGAUGUAGAUAGUCGACCAAGGUAGGACUAGAUAGGUUUUGUACGAAGUGGCCAAUAAGUGAAUGAAAAUGUUGGGAUUCAGCCGUAAAGUUUACUUUUGUACUUGGCAGAGUUAAUAUUGUAUUUCUAAGCUCGAUCUUCUGGUGGCCAAAUAACAUUUCUGAUGACUUCCGAAGUUUCUCUUCAAUAGUUCAAUGGUCAAUAACGUUGACAUAAUUUCGCGUGCAUCGUACUUUUUUUUUUAAAUUACGAUUUAGUUUAGUUUUUAUAAGAUGUAAUUUAAGAAUACUGUUUUUUUUCUCUUUUUUUUUUGUAAGCAUAAUUUUACGGAAUAUAUGAUCAUGGAAUCAAAGACAAAUAUAUUAUAAAGAAAAAAUAAAACAAAAGUGCGAAUUUGGAAACAAUAUUGAAAAAUAGUUGUAUUUUUAUAUUAUCUUAAAGUAGUGUUUUAUGUUAUCUGAGAAAGUUAUUAUAAGUACAAACUUGUUGAUGAAGGAUAUUGGCUCGGCCCAGUUUAUGUAUACUAACUUAGGCUUAAUUCCGUAAAAUUUAAAACAGCCUUGCGCACUCGUGUAGUGCUCCACUCCAUCGAAGACUGUUGUAAAAUUUAUGAAUUAUCCCCAAUAAUCAUAGUGUGUAACGGGAAAGCCAUAAAAAUAUUAGAUUUAAAGAUUAAUAAUAUAUCAGCAUUGAUAAAAUAAAGAUUAUAAAUACGCUUAAAUAAAAUAUUUUUGGCUGAA